CCUCUCCCCCACCCGCCCCUCCCUCCCUCUUUCCCUCCCCUCCCUUCCUCCCCUGUCGGCUGGGUUUCUGCGCUGGGGCGCCGGAGCCCCUCCGCAGCCGGGACGCGCGGAACUCGAGGCUGGAGUCGGCUCUCCCGAGCCUCCUCCCUCCCUUCUCCUUCCCUGCCCCCUUCCCCCACCCCCCGACUAGGGCUCGGAGCGGCGGCCAGAGGAACCCCGAGCCCAGGCCCCUGAGCGGGAGGGAUGGAGAACUCCUCAGCAGCAUCGGCCUCCUCCGAGGCCGGGAGCAGCCGCUCCCAGGAGAUCGAGGAGCUUGAGCGGUUCAUCGACAGCUACGUGCUUGAGUACCAGGUGCAGGGGCUGCUGGCAGAUAAGACGGAGGGGGACGGCGAGAGUGAGAAGACGCAGUCCCACAUCUCCCAGGAGGAAGCGAUCAAUGGUGGACCACCUAUGAAAGGCUUAACAGAAGAAUGGACGGCGGACUGCAGCUAUUCCUUCCCCCGAGGGCGAGCCCCGCUGCAGCAGAAUGGCAGCAAAGACACCUCUCUGGACAUGCUGGGCACAGAUAUCUGGGCUGCCAACACCUUUGAUUCCUUCAGUGGUGCCACCUGGGACCUGCAGCCUGAAAAGCUGGACUUCACCCAGUUCCACCGGAAGCUCCGACACACGCCCAAGCAGCCCCUGCCACACAUCGACCGUGAAGGGUGUGGAAAAGGGAAGCUGGAAGAUGGGGAUGGAAUCAACCUGAAUGACAUCGAGAAGGUCCUCCCAGCCUGGCAGGGCUACCACCCGAUGCCACAUGAGGUGGAGAUUGCACACACGAAGAAGCUGUUCCGGAGGAGGAGAAAUGACCGAAGGCGGCAGCAGAGACCCCCAGGAGGGAACAAGCCUCAACAGCACGGUGACCACCCACCGGGCAGUGCCAAACACAACAGGGACCACCAGAAAUCCUACCAGGGGGGCUCAGUGCCCCACCCCUCAGGGAGGUCCACCCAUCAUGGCUACAGCCAGAACCGGCGCUGGCACCACAGCAACAUGAAGCAUCCACCAGGCGACAAGGGGGAGGCAGGCGCCCACCGCAAUGCCAAAGAGACCGUGACCAUGGAGAGCCCCAAACUCGAGGACGCCCUGGGGGAUGCCGGGCACAGCGGCCUCGAGCCCCCCUGCAGCCCUGAUGCCCUGGCCCCGGUGGCUUCCGAGAGGCUGCCCCUGCUGCAGCCAGGGGGUCCAGAGGCUGAGACAAAGCGUAAAGACAGUAUUACUCCCGAGCGCAGCGGGGAGCGGCCCAAAAUUACCCUGCUCCAGUCUUCCAAAGACAGGCUGCGGCGAAGGCUGAAAGAAAAGGUACCGGACGAAGUGGCCGUGGAGACCACCAACCCUCAGCAGAACAAGAUGGACAAGUUGAUUGAGAUCCUGAACAGCAUGAGGAACAACAGCAGCGACGUGGAUGCCAAGCUCACCACCUUCAUGGAGGAGGCCCAGAACUCCACCAACUCCGAGGAGAUGCUGGGAGAGAUCGUCCGCACCAUCUACCAGAAGGCCGUGUCCGACCGCAGCUUUGCUUUCACGGCCGCCAAGCUCUGUGACAAGAUGGCGCUCUUCAUGGUGGAGGGGACCAAGUUCCGGAGCCUGCUCCUCAACAUGCUUCAGAAGGACUUCACAGUGCGGGAGGAGCUGCAGCAGCAGGACGUGGAGCGCUGGCUGGGCUUCAUCACCUUCCUGUGCGAGGUCUUCGGCACCAUGCGCAGCAGCACAGGCGAGCCCUUCCGCGUGCUCGUCUGCCCCAUCUACACCUGCCUCAGGGAGCUCUUGCAAUCUCAGGAUGUGAAGGAAGAUGCCGUCCUGUGCUGCUCGAUGGAGCUGCAGAGCACAGGCCGACUGCUGGAGGAGCAGCUGCCCGAGAUGAUGGCGGAGCUCCUGGCCAGUGCCCGCGACAAAAUGCUGUGCCCCUCGGAGUCGAUGCUGACCCGCUCCCUGCUGCUGGAGGUCAUCGAGCUCCACGCCAACAGCUGGAACCCUCUGACGCCCCCCAUCACGCAGUACUACAACAGAACCAUCCAGAAACUGACAGCCUGACAGCCAGGGGGCCUGGCGGGUGGCCCGAGGGCAGCUGGGGCCCUGGUGCACAGAGCCAGAUGGACAGGCGGGAGGACAGGGGUGGCCCUGCCGGCAGAAAGAAAUGGGGAGGAAGGCAAGCAGAGCCGGCGGCCAGUAUGGAGCCAGACGGGGAAGGGACCAAAGCCCUAGGAGGAGCGCCCCCCUACCCGAGCCCCCCAGCCCGAGCAUGCGGCAGCUCACACCAGUAAGGGAAGCAUGUUUCUUCCUCACGGUGGCCCGGCCCUCCCCCUCCUCACUCCCACUCCUCCCCACCCCCUCCCAUGCAACAUGUCCCCGGCAGGGCUGUGUGCAAGGGGUUCAUCUCUGCGACUCCUUAGAGGCCUUGGCAGCCCGCACGCAGGGUACAGCUUGGGUCAGAAAGGACCUCAGAAGGCGGAAAAAGUGGGUCGGAGACGGGCUUGCAUUGUUCCCACAUGCUGUCAGCAGCAGUCGCCAACUGGCAGCAGGCGACGUGUAGCAGAUGUCCGGGAGGACAAAGGCAGGCACGGUCCCCACCAGCGGCCCGUAAUUGACGGCCUUUGUCCUUACGGCCGAGCGGGGGGGACAGAGGCGGUCUCCUCUAACCUUCAUGCUCCACCCUCCCCACUUCCAGCCUCCUCCCUUCAGCCCCCAAGCUGCAGGCCCCGGGGGCCGGGGGCGGGCCCGGGGCCUGGAGGGGAGAUGGAGUUUUUCGUUCUACUUGCACUCUUUUGUUUCACUGUGUUUUAUUUUUUUCAAAAGUCAGCUGCUUUGAAGUCUCCUCUCUCAACGCAAAGCGCCUGCGUUGCGAUCACACAGUCAGCACGGCGAGGACCCCCUGAUUAGAGGGAGAUCAAACCCGGCCCCCUCUGGAAGGAUUCUAGCCACAGACAGCUUGCCAGUAGCCAAUUAGGGUAAUUGGAAACUUCUGCCCCGGCAGGGGAACCCGCUGGAACCCUGUGCUCCUCAGCCCCCCGCUUCCAGUACCUCUGUUCUCUCUUUUUCUAGCUUCCUCCCUCAAAGGGCCGAUACUGUCGCUGCUGGGAAAGCAUUAAACCCGUCCUGCCCCGGGGCCUUAUAGUGAACCGGGCUCAGAACGAACGAGGCUGGCAAAUUAAAACCAAAACGCCCGGUGAUGCUUCCCGGCUCCACACACAGGUCUUGUCCCGAGCUCUCACCGCGGGAGAAU